ACUGUGUGUGUGUGUGUGUAUGUGCUUGUGAUUAGACAGUGACUACUGUACUCGAACGAGACUCCGUUCCGUUCCCCAAUAUUCAAUUAGCCCGCCAACAAAACUCCCUCGAAUCGCGCUAUCGGAAACCGUUACGCCAAAUGGUCACGUGCGGCCGUCAAACGUUCAACAUGCUGCCAAUGGCGCCGACAAGUCCUUUUGUCAGCAGCUCCUCCACGGCAGCCCACAGCAGCCCCGGCAGCCCCGGCCGUAUCCGUAUCCCGACGAAUGCCACCAGCAAGCCCAAGCUGGCCUUCAGCAUCGACUCCAUUGUGGGCGAGUCCACGACGCGAUCGGCUCCCCUGAGAGUCAGUGUGAUUGCCUCGCCGCCACGGAGCGAGAGUCCCUCGUCGCCCACGACCAGCGGCCGGAGGACACCGCGAGGAUUCAUCUACUGCCGCAGACGUGACUCGCUGGAUCGAUCGCGGAGUCCGCCGCGUUCGCCGCUUAGUCGCUCACCCUCGCCAGCGACAAAUGGGAAUGGAAAUCCUGCCGCAGGCGCUCCUCCACCGCCAGCCGGCAUAAUGGGAGGUCUGAUCCGUCCACUUGCACUGCCGGCACCGCCAAAUCUAGCUUUAAUCGCCCAGGCCCGCACCUCACCCUCCUCCGUGGUGGUCCGACCGCCGGCUGGUGUUCCGCCGGGUCCGCCGCCGCCACCGUUCCUUGCCGCACAGUUUCAAAUGGCCGCAGCCUUGGCGCACCAUCACCAGCAGCAGCAGCAGCAACAGCAACAACAGCAACAUCCUCAUCCGCCCGUGCCAACAGGACCGCCACACGGUCCGCCCCCGCAUCUGCCGCCCGGCCACCCAUUGGGCAUCUUUCCGGGCGGGCCACAUCCAGGGCAUCCGCCACCCCAUGGCCAUCAUCCCUUCGGGGCGGCUCCUCAUCUCAUCCGUGAUAGCUAUCCGCUGUAUCCCUGGCUGCUGAGUCGCCAUGGACGCAUAUUUCCACGCUUUCCAGGCAAUUUCCUGUUCCAGCCGUUCCGCAAGCCGAAGCGCGUUCGCACCGCCUUCUCGCCGACGCAGCUGCUCAAGCUGGAGCACGCCUUCGAGGGGAAUCAUUAUGUGGUCGGGGCCGAGCGCAAGCAGCUGGCCCAAGGGCUGAGCCUCACCGAAACACAGGUUAAGGUCUGGUUCCAGAACCGGCGGACAAAGCACAAGCGAAUGCAACAAGAGGGCGGCGAUGGGAGCGACACCAAGAGCAACAAGGGCAGCUCCUCCGGAGGCGGUGGCGGCGAUGGGGAUGACGAUGCCCAGAAGGAUGGCUCUCAGCACAGCUACGAGGAUGCCGAGGAGGCUGAGGAUGACGACGAUAUUGAGGAGGAUGACGAGGAUGAAGUGAUCGACAUGGAGGACUACGGCAGCGAAAUGGAUGCCGAGGAGCAUCAGCGUCUGAGGGAGCAGUUCCAGCAGCAGUUGGCACAGCACCAGCAGCAGUUUCUCCAGCAGCAGCAGCAACCUGGGGAGCCACCCGCACUUACCCCACAGCAGCAGCACCAGUUGUUGCAACAGCACCAGCAACAUUUCCAACAGCAACAUCAGCAGCAGCAGCAACAAUUCCUCCAACAGCAGCAGAUGUAUCUGAGAGAGCGCGAGCGGGAAAGGGAGCGGGAGAGAUCUCUGGACCGCGAAAGGGAGAAGUAAUCGCGGAGAUAUAGAAAGCUCUGCAGAAGAGAAUUCUCCGAUAUUUUGUGUUCCUUUAAUUUCUUGUAAAUUAUUUGUCAUCUGUAUAAAUUAAUUUAAAUUGUUUAAAACCUAAAACAUAAAUAACAAAAAUUAU